CCAAUGACUACAGGCGACGCUUAUGGCUUCCGGAUGAUAUUGUCAAACUGUAAGAAGAAAAUAAAGAGAUGACGGAACUGAUAAGUUUUAAUUUUCCAACACUCUCCAAAACUAGACUUCACCAUGUUCCAAGAAGAUAUGAAGAAACUAAGCCAGUUGUAAUACAAAACUUCACUCACCAGAGAAUCUUAGGUAUUGGUAACAAUGUUCACAGACAAAGCUUACAAAAAUUGGAAGAUGAGAAACGGUUUAUUAUUGAACAAACUGAACUAGAAAUUUGGAAACAAGCUGAAUUCCGUCAAGCUGAGGCAAUACAAAAAGUAAAAAAUGAAGCCAAAUUUGAAGUGGAACUGGCUGUCAAAAAAGUUCUGAAAGAACAAGAACACAAAAUCAAGGAAGAAGCCUUGAAGGUUGAAAUGGCCAUGCAGAAGUUAGCAAUAGAACAGAUAAAGACCGAAAGAGCUAAUGGUGAGAAACUAUUAAAGGCCGCUGUGGAGAAGAAUGAAGAGAAAUGUGCCAAGCAAUUAAAACAAGCAGUGGAGGUGGCCAAAGAUCAAGAAAGACGAACUUCUGAAAUAGAAGCCACUAAAUCAGCAAGGAAAUACGCACAAGAAUUAGAAGAUAUAAAAACUAAAGCCCUUCAAGAAAAGGAUGAAGCCAUACAGACCAUCAUUCAACAGAAAGAUCAAGAGAGAAUAAAAGCAGUUCAAGAAGCUAUUGAUCAAGAAGUGGUUAAAGCUAACAAGCAUAUCAGUCAAUUAAUGAUUCAAAAUCAACAAGAAAUUGAAAAAAUUGAGAAAGUGAUUCUGGAUAAAAACUCCGUAAUAGAUGAACUUCAAAAAGAGAUUGUGAAAGUUGAAACUGUCAAAUCUAAACUUAAGAAAAGUUUACUAGAGAUCAGACAGGAGUUUCAAACUUUCAUAGACAGAAUGAAAUUUUUUGAUGAUGGACAAUCUGAUUAUCUGCUACCUUCAUUGUAUCUGGAUGAAUUUGAAAGUUAAUGGCUUAAAAACCGAUCUUGGUUGCUAAAAUAAUUUGUCAGAAAACGAAUCUGGCUUGUCAUAAUAUUAUACUCUUUAUUUGAGAUUGACGAUUUCAUUGUUUUGAGCUGCCGAUUUCAGUAAGGGAACUACUCAAUAAUAUUAGUUUUGUAAUAUAACAACAAAAUUGCAUAUAAAAACAAAUUUAGACGCAUUAAUCAGGGCUUGCCACGAGAUGCGAGCGAUCACUCCUGCACGCAAGUUUAGUCACUUUGUGAGAGUAGUCGCUCGCUCACAUCGUUCAGUGGAUAGUUGUUAUCAAACUCAUUGCCUUUUGGGUCAAUAUUUAUCAUUUUUACAAACCAUUCUACUUUUGGCUUAAUUACAACGCAUUAAUUAUUACUUGUUGAUUAAGAAGUCAAUCAACUUGCUUGUCGGCUCAAUAACAGUCAUACCUUAGUGAGAAUCGGCCUUGUGGUUCAUAAUUUGAGUAAUUAGCAUAUUUAACAAGCUUGCUGAUUAUUCAUACCAGGUCCAGUAAGUUGUGAAAAGCCACGUGGCAAAUGAAGAUGGUCUCGGCAUGGAUUGUGAAUCGAGAUCUCAGGAAUUGUGCCCUUUUCAACACUCUGUAGAUAUUAAAAUAAUAAAUAAAUCAUACAUUUAAUGGUUUCACUGGCCAGUUGUUAGUUAAAUUUAAAUAGUCAUUGAAUAUCCCGAGAAACAGUCAUUAAUAUUUUUCCGACAGAAUCUCCGAUACCGAAUCCCAAUGAUACGUGACAUACAUCGGUUGGAAUUAGGUCAAUAAACCAGCAAUUCUAGAUGAUUUAGUUUUAAAACACGUUCACCGUUAUAGAUUAUUUAUUUUAUGCUGACAGAGGCUUAAUUUUUAAAAUAUUGUCGUUUAAUAUUAUUGAAAGAUAUGUCAUCAUAGUGGUACGAAAUUUCAUUUUAUAAACCAAUUUCAAUUAUGGUUAUUACUUGAUCAUUGUGCGUUUUGUCUAUCAUCUAGAAUGAAUAAAAACUUUGCAAGUUACGUGAUAGACAAAACCAAAAAUUUGUGUCAAAUAUGAAAAAAUGCCAUGGUGCCGUAUCAGCUAAUUUCAGCAACAUUUUCUAAUACUGGCCGUAGUAAAAAAAAUCCAAAUUUUCGAUCAACUGAUAUCUUAUUUCGCUUUAUCCAUUGAAUAAACGAAGACAGUAAUUUAUUCAGAAAUUUUACUGACGUGAAUUUAAUAUGGAAAAUUUUCAGAAGGGUGUACAAUAUACCUAUUUGUCGUUAUUUUUUGUGGUAAUCACAUAUUUUAGCUUAUUCAUUAUACAACAUUACCAAGAAUUGUUUUUGUUGACGUCUGGUUAUAUUAAAGGGAAUGGGGCUUAUAAUUACCCUGGUUAUAUUAAAGGGAAUGGGGCUUAUAAUUACCCUAUUUCCUAUGGGGACUUCAUUUGACCCAUUUCUGGCCAGUUCAUUUCAAAAUGGGUUAAGAACCCUGAUCCAUAAGUAAUUAUUCCAACUUACUAUAUUAUUCCACAUCCGAUUUUUUGUCUUCAUUGAUGUGCGGUCUAUUGCUCAUGUAAAGCGAAUUUGCGGAAGUAAAUUUAACCACUCGCCAUACUUGUGCAAGGUCAAUUUUGUGUGAGUGCUUAAUUACUUGCCAUCAUUUUCCUCAUGGCAAGCCCUGCAUUAAUUUCUUGCUCACUUUAAUGUGUAUUAAAUACAGAUGCAGGAAUCUCGGCAUCCGAAGUCUUUUCAGAAACCAAAAUAAUGUGCAUGUAUUCAUAAAUAUUACUACAGUAUCUUUAAUUUUUAUUGAGCCUUAUUUAUUUAUUUUGAUGUGAUAUACAUGUAUUCAUGAUACACAAUUUUGUCUACUUUGAGUAUUGAGCUAUAUUCCUAAAAUUAAUUCAUAAAUAAUGAUCCUUGAUUUGUAUUUUGUAUCAUCUUUUACUAAUGACUCAGGUCCAAUUUGUUCUAAGUGUCUUAUAUUUAUACACGUUUAUAUUUGCUAUGUGUAGAUUGGUAUGGCCUGGUUCAAUAAGUGAUUAUCUCCUAUGAGUUGUUUUGCCACCUGGUUUCUGGAGAGCAAAGAAUUAUAUAGCAAUUAGUAACUGGAAAUGUCAUUUUUUUGCAAAUUUUUCCACAGAAAUACUCACUACAAGUACAACUUGUCAGUGAGCACAUGUUUGUCAUUGAACCAGACAAUAACAAUUUUAUAAUUAGUCAGUUUUAUACAAAUUAUAUUGGUAUCUGCAAAUAGAGUAAUAUUUAACCAUACUGUGAUAUAAUGUAUUGUGCUAAAAAUGUUCUAUAUAUUUAUAUCUAUAUAUUAUAUAUCUAUUUUACAAGUAUUCUGCUAUUUUUUAUAAGACAUUUUUCUGCUUGUCCUUUACAAUACAUACAUUUAUAAUAUCAAUCUA